CACUUGCGCGUUUUCCAGUGUGGACCUCAGGUGCCCAAACAGGUGUCUCCACCCUUGGGCUUGCAAGGUUCCAUCAGUGACAAACAUUGACAACCAAAUUCCAUUUUCACUUGAAGUGGAGCAGAAGCGGAAGAUUGAAAGAUAGGACUCCGAAUUCCAUUCACCAGCAACAGCGUUGGCCUGACUGGACCAUGAGUGUUGACAGCGCCUAUGAAUCUCAGCGAACCUCAAGAGGAGCAUCGAUACUGGACGAAGAUAGCCUGAGCGACGACGGACUUCCCAAAGCGAGAACGUCAGGGAAACGUUCUGAUCAUUAUCAUUUACUCGAGACAGAGUCUGAGAGGAGAGCUGCGAGUGACCCAGAGACUGCGGGAAUUCCAAGUAGGCGCGGGCCUGCAGCGUCUUGCCGGUCUGCUGCGACAGUGCGGCCGAUGUCGUCAGACGCUGGUCCUUCUCACACACCUGAACAACGGAGAACAGCACACCUUAGCGGAAAUGAGUCGGACGAUCUUCAGUCGCCAGGAUUUUACUUGGGUAAUAGAUCCAAGGGCCAUUCUACAAGCGGGUCGCAUCGGCUCGGUCAGUCCAACUUUAGAGAUCCUGCACUUCAAUUCUUUUUGGAAGGGCCCAGUGUGUGGGAACCGUCUAGUAUAGAGCAUUCAAGAGCAGCGUCCGCGUCUUCGGGCCACUCCAUGGAUCAUGGUGCUAUCCUUAAAGAUGAUCGGGCUCCCGUGUCAUCAACAACCAGUCGUCAUGAAAAGAGGGCAGGUUUGUCGCAGCGUUGCAACGGCGGCGCUGUGACAUCGGCCCGGUACCCUGGGAGUUCGAGCCGAAGUUUGUCCACAGCCAUCGAAAGCAGCAACACUUCUGACAUCAGGUCGACUGAUUCAGAUGAUUCCAACAGGUCACCGGGGAGAAAACGUAAGCGGAAACCGGACGCUGGUAGUUCAUCUUCUUUGACUCCCGAUCCUUCCCGGACAGCCAUCAAUACAACGCGCCUAAAUGAUGUGAUUGACCUGACGAGUCCUGGAACAUCAGCUAUCGGCUCAAGUUCGACUGUACCUACGACAUCUUCGUCAACAUUUAGAAUCAAUGGCUCAUCGUCAGGAGCGGGAUCAAGAACACAACGAGCGCGGGCAUUAUGGGGCGAACUGGAAGAACCUGACCAUGCGAACGCCAGUUCCAGCCGUACGAUACAGAGCUCUCGUAGAACACAGCCAGAGGCGAGAGGUGCCCUUUCGGCCCUUGGUUCCUUCGGCACUCGGCCAUCGUCUGUCCAUAUAACAGCAUCAUCCAGCACGAACGACGACGAGCCAGGGAGCAUUCCGCUGCCACUCAGCGCGAAUCGGCAAACUGCUGCAAGCAAUUCGAGGCUACCUCAGACUUUGGGAGGCCGUGUACUCUCCGAGGCCCCACGUCGAGCAGUCGCUGCCCACUCCAGAGGAUCUACUCCCACGGAACCUCGACGACCUUCCUCUCCACGUACAAUGUCUGACGAGGAUUUGGCACGCAUGCUGCAAGAAGAAGAAUACGGAGCUUUACAGCCUCCAAACUUUAAUGCUUCCAUGGAGCAGCUGAGAGCAAUCGGGGUCCAGGCGGACAACCUAGCACGUGGAUCUAUUCGCCGACGACAAGCCAGACCUAGAUGGCGAGAGAACAUGAGAAAUGCAGAUGUCGACAUGGACUUACUUAUGGCAUAUGAACUCGCUGAACAAUUGGGCGCUGAUAUGAUCCCAAACCUCAUGGACGGGUUGGCAUCUAAUCCUGAAAAUUAUUUGCCUGACGAAGAGUUAGAUACCAGUUACGAGGCUCUACUGGCACUCAGCGAACGCAUUGGUGCAGCGAAACCCAAAGGUCUAUCGCGUCAUUUAGUGGAGUCACUUCCACGUAAAAAGUACAAGCCAGGAAGCAUGUCCGCGGAGGAGGCAAAAUGCACGGUUUGCCUGAGCGAGUAUGAUGCGGGAGAUUCAUUGAAGGGCACACCAUGUGCACAUUGGUUUCAUGACGAGUGCAUUGACCGAUGGCUGAAAGACCACUCAACCUGUCCCAUCUGCCGAACGGAAAUAGAUUCAUGAUGUCGCUUCAGAUACGAUCUUCAUAUACCCGACACCAGAUACUCAAUAGGGAAACUGGUCGUGUAAAUUUGUAUAUAUCAUAGAAGGCAGAGCCCCCCCCCCCAAAAAAAAAGAUCUUUUGUACGUUACUUGAAGAACGGAGUUUUAC